UAAUGUCAUUGUAAAAUCAUUGUGAUUGCAUUUGUAACGGUUUCUCUCACUUCAUGUGUUGAUGACAGAUCAACAGAGGUCACAUGACCACAGAGGCCAAGCGUGCGGCGAAGAUGGAGAAGAAGAUGAAGAUUCUGCUGGGUGGCUAUCAGUCGCGGUCCAUGGGUCUGCUCAAACAGCUCAGUGAACUCUGGGAUCAGGUGGAACAGGCCAACAUGGAGCUCCACACCUUCCAGGAGCUGAAGAAACAGGAAGACCACGCCAUUCCACGCAGACAAGAGGCCCUGAGAGAGGACGUCCAGAGACAGCAGGACAGAGAAAAAGAGCUGCAGCAGAGAUUCGCUGACCUGCUGCUGGAGAAACAGACGCUCUCGCAGAAGUUUUGAACAAGACAUAUAUCCCAAACAUCUCUGCACCUCCUGUAGUGCUGUUUAUGUGCUCAUCCCGCUUCAGCAUGCUUUACUGUCUGGAUCCCCGUGUUUCUGCUGUAAUCAACUGCUUUCAGUUUCUUAAUGUUGACUUUGUGUUUCUGUUGCUGUUCACAAGAACCGCCGGGAUUUCAUUCACACAGAAUUUUGUUUUUAAUGUUUUUCAUAUUGACCUUGUAAGUGUAAAUAUCGUCUGUUUUGCGGUAUGGAUUUUCCCAUGUCAAGCCAUUUUUAGGUUUGUGCUGAAUAUGAGAUGCUCCUUUUCAGGUGUAAAUUGGAAUAAUGACUUGCAUUGAAAAUGUACAUCAUUUACAAAAUAAAAAGCAGCAGCAGUUAAUCUUAGCUUUGAAUGUCUGUUUUGUGAAUGAAUGAUUGGACACAAAAUAUAAAAAAU